UCUCUCUCACACACACACACACAGACACACUCCACUGAAGAGCUUUUCCCCUUUCUCCCCAGUGCACAAUCGACUUCCAUUUUUGUAGCCCGAAGCUCAAACAACCCGAAACAAAAAAAUGACCACCAGAACCGGGUCGCACCAGCUUAGCAACGGGCUCAUGGUAUCGGGCCGGCCCGAGCAGCAGCUCAAGGAUCGACAGCCGAUAAUGGCGUCACGCGCCGUUCCGUACACAGGCGGCGACAUCAAGAAGUCCGGAGAGAUCGGAAGAAUGUAUGGCGUCGAUGUAUCUGGAGGGGACCACCACCCGCCGACAGGCGGUCUGCCCAAGCUGCCGUCCCGCCCGCCGUCGGCGUCUCAGCACAAUAGCGGAUCUGCCAGAUCUGGUUCUAAUUCCGGUCAGAUGGGUCCGAGGAAGACGAAUUCUGGGCCGAUGAGUAAGAAGUCCUCUUCCUCUUCGUUUUCCGGCCCGAUGACGCCGAUUCAGCCGACCGGCCUCAUUACCUCGGGCCCACUGUCGACCAGCUCGAACCGGAGGUCCGGGCAGCUGGACGCGCCGACAAUUCCCAGCUCAUUCAACAAGGCUGCCUACGGUUCGGCUGUUACCAGCCUGGGCGAGGACAUGAAACUAGGGUUUAGGGUUUCGAGGGUGGCAAUGUGGGUGUUUUUGGUGGUGGUAGUAAUGGGGGUAGUGGUGGGGGCGUUUCUCAUGGCGGCGGUGAAGAAGCCGGUGGUUCUGGUGGCGGUUGUGGCGGUGUUGGUCCCUGCUGUUGUGAUUCUGAUAUGGAACUAUGCUUAUAAAAAGCGAGGUAUUCUGGGAUUCUUGAAAAACUAUCCUGAUGCUGAGCUGAGGGGCGCCAUUGAUGGGCAGUUCGUCAAGGUCACGGGGGUAUUUAAUUACUCAGUCUGGGAUUCAUUUUCUUCGGUUGGUGGUAUCGGGGUUUGGCUGCAUGCUUUAUAUGGUAGUUGGAGCUCUUUUUCUGUCGUCACUUGUGGCAGCAUACCGCUUGAAACCUCUUUCCAGAGAAUACCAAGAUGUGUGUAUGUUUCCUCAGAAUUAUUUGAAUAUAGGGGAUGUGGUGGAAAACCAUCAAAUGCUAAACAAAGGUUCUUCUCUUGGGGAUGCAGAUACUCAGAGAAGUAUGCUGCUGAUUUUUACAUAUCAGACUUUCAAUCUGGUUUGAGAGCUCUAGUGAAGGCAGGCUAUGGUUCAAAGGUUGCCCCUUUUGUUGAGUCCACUGUUGUUGUUGAUGUCUCUAAGGAUCACAAAGACCCAUCUCCUAACUUUCUACGCUGGCUUUCAGACCGAGGCUUGUCGGGUGACGACCACGUGAUGCAACUUAAAGAAGGUUAUAUAAAAGAAGGAAGUACGGUGAGUGUGAUGGGUGUAGUUAGGCGCCAUGAAAAUGUUGUGAUGAUUGUGCCACCCACUGAGCCCGUCUCGACUGGAUGCCGUUGGGCUUGUUGCCUUCUCCCCACAUAUGUCGAGGGCCUUAUUUUGACUUGCAACGAAAGUCAAAAUGAACAAGUUAUUCCUGUAUAAGAAUGGAUUUGACCCUUUUUUGUGUGUUUGGUUUGCAAGAUGGGUCGAUAGUGGGAAUGUACUACAAGCAAAGAGAAAACCGGCACACGUCCACUGUGUAUUCUUUUGCGAAGUGAAGAGCAAAGCAAAAGACCUUGUUAAAAAGAAAUAUCCAUGUGAUUUGGUAAUGUACAAAAGGUAGAGUUAUUUUAGGUGGGGAUAGAUGUCCCUUCGACCAAAUGGAAUCUAUGUAUCUCUGGGAUUGUAUAGAAAUUAUCAAGGCUGCUCUUCUUAUCUGCAUAUAUAUACUGUAUCUCUGUCUAUCUUUGGCUCGAUUGAUAUCAAAUGUAAAUUUAUAUCGACCAACUUUUGUUUAAUAAUAUUACGGAUGGUUAAGUCUGAAA